AUGCUCGGGGUACAAGUGAGUGUAGGGUCCACUCCUUCGGGAUCAAGCUCUCAUCUCGAUGCACAGCUUCAACGUGCUCGCAGCCGGGGACGUCUACGGUUGAUCUACGGCGCGAUCUACGGUACCGGCUUCUUCUACGAACAGGCUGCACCACAGACCGCUGUGUUCGACGGCGGCUGGGGUACUACACCCUACACCACGAGCACACAACGCGAAACUGUGGAGGAGAAAGUGCUCAUAUACAUCUUCGCGUUCAAGGCCGAGCAUGAGGUCGACAAGGGCCCGGACUACAUCGCCGCGCACACGCAGUGGCAGCGCGACCGCGCACAGACGAUCAAGAACCAGCUCGGGUCGAACAGCUCGAUUCUCGUGACGACCAGCGGUGAGUCCUAUCUCGACGAGUCCAUGCAGGCCGCGAGCUUCGACACCGCGAAGCUCGAGGGCUACGUCGUCAAGGCCGUCGCCGCCGGCAAGCUUCUCAAGAUGGAGGAGUGGUGCCUCAUUCCACCCUCGUCACAUUCCAACCCGCGCCCCACCGUCCAGAUCCUGCUCUCCGUUGCCGCCGUCAUCUCUCUCGCGCUCGGCCUCUUCCAGGACUUUGGGCCUGGGCGCGACCCGGACGAGCCCGCGGUGGAGUGGGUCGAGGGCGUCGCGAUCAUGGUCGCGAUCGUCGUCGUCGUGCUCGUCGGCUCGCUCACGGACUGGCAGAAGGAGCGCCAGUUCCGCGUGCUCAACGCGAAGAAGGACGAGCGCACCGUCAAGGUCAUCAUGCUGUGCGACGGUGUGUUUCUCUCAGGCCACAACGUGCGCUGCGACAAGUCGGGCGCGACAGGGGAGAGUGACGUCAUCAAGAAGAUGAAGUACGAGGAUUGUUUGGAGCUGCGGAAGACGCUCGACCACGACAAGAAGGACGCCUCUCCGCAUACCGACUGCUUCCUCAUCAGUGGUAGCAAGAUCCUCGAGGGCGUAGGUUCGUACGUUGUCAUCACCGUCAGGCCUCGUUCGUUCCAUAGGCGCAUCAUGACCUCAGAGGGCACGGCCCUUCAGCGCAAGCUGGAGCAUCUAGCUAACAGGAUCGCCGUCGCAGGCUCACUUGGCGGUUUGAUGCUCUUCAUCGGGCUGCUCAUUCGAUACUUCGUCAAGAUCGGCACUGACACUCCCCACAUGAGCCCCAGCCAAAAAGGGUUGGCUUUCGUGGACAUUCUCAUCUUGUCCUUCACGCUCGUCGUCGCCUCAGUUCCUGAAGGUUUACCUCUAGCCAUCGCACUCGCGUUGGCGUUGGCCACCAAGCGGAUGACACGCGAGAACCUUCUCGUCCGAGUCCUCAACUCCUGCGAGACCAUGGCGAACACCAGCGUCAUCUGCACCGACAAGACCGGCACGCUCACGCAGAACGCCAUGACCGUCGUGGCGGGCACCAUCGGCGGCGACCUCGCCUUCGUCCGCGAUCUGGCCCAGAAUCCCGAGCGCGCCACACCCGACGCCACUCCCAUCGAGCUCCGCUGCCUCAGCGGCGCGCUUCCUCCUCCCCUUCGUGCCCUCCUCAACGACGCCAUUGCGAUCAACUGCACCGCGUUCGAAGAUGCGGACGCAAACACCGGCGUCUCCGUGUUCGUGGGCAGCAAGACGGAGACCGCACUGCUGGCGAUGGCGCGCGACUCGAGAUGGCCGGGCUACAAGGCCGUUCGAGAGGCUGCUGAGGCUCUACAGGUGUUCCCGUUCCCGAGCGAGCGCAAGGCGAUGGGUGUCGUGGUGCGUCUUCCGGGAGGUCGUGCGCGGCUGUACGUCAAGGGCGCGAGCGAGGUGCUCGUCGCGGCGUGCGCACGCCAGGUUGUUGUCACAGAACGAGAAAAUGUGGUCACGAAGGUCACCGACGAAGACGAUCGGGCGCGGAUCUUGGAGAGCAUCACGUCGUACGCGUCGCAGACGCUCCACACCAUCGCUGUAUGCUAUCGAGACUUGGACGACUGGUCACCCAAGGCCGACGAAGUCUCAUGGACGGAUCUCGCACGCGAUCUCACGCUCGCUGGCCUCUUCGCUCUUGAGGACCCUCUUCGCCCCGGCGUUCGCAAAGCGGUGGCAGACUGCGCCCGCGCAGGCGUCCAGGUCAAGAUGUGCACCGGCGACAACGUCCUCACCACGCGCUCCAUUGCCACUCAGUGUGGCAUCUUCACCCCCGGCGGCAUCGUCAUGGAGGGCCCGCGGUUCCGCGCGCUGUCAGACACCGAGCGCCGCGUGACCGUGCAGCGUCUCCAGGUGCUCGCGCGCUCGUCGCCCGAGGACAAGCGCAUCCUCGUCACCACCCUCAAGGAGCUCGGCGAGAUCGUGGCGAUCACCGGCGACGGCACUAACGACGGGCCCGCGCUCAAGGCUGCGCACGUCGGCUUCUCGAUGGGCGUCACGGGCACCGAGGUCACGAAGGAAGCGUCCGACAUCGUCCUCAUGGACGACAACUGGGACGGCCUCAUCGUUGUCGUCACCCCGCGUCUAGAUCUCGUCAGCGGGCGAAGGUGGCGGCGCGAGCCUUCCGAACUGGAUGCUUGA